UUACAGGAGUUAAAAAGCCAACUGUCAGAGAGAUGGCGGGAGUGUUAGGAGUGCUCACGCGCACAAAUGCACUGAUGUGCGACCAGGCUUAUGCAUCGAUAGAGUAGUUAGGUCGUCAUGCAUUUAGUGGCAGGGCAUGGCUGAUGUAGCUUUCAGAUCGAUUAAUCCAUUCAGCGCUCACGCUGUUAUGCCAGCUUACAUUUGGUAAGUUAAAUAUACGUUCUUGAGAAAGAACACAUUUUUGUAGAGUUUUUCUCUCUGAAAGAACUCUCGUGUUCCAAAGGGUCCUGGGACAAAUAUUUCUGGUGGAGGUUUCCACAAUAUUUGUUCCAUUCUUGGAUCGUUGAUGUCCACCUUGGUUGCCUAGAAAGGCACUUGUAAUGAUUACGUCUGGUGGAGAUUUCCACAGUAAUAAUUACAAGAAGUUUAGGUCGGACGGUCCGGGCAUCCACUUACCACCUCAUAUUUUUCAACAGGUUAUGGGCCCAGGCAACGUGUGCCUGGAAAACAGUUUUUGAAUAAUUUACUCUGGUGGAGAUAUCCGCAUGAACAUUUUUGAAUGAUUUAAUCUGGUGGAGUUAUCCGCAUGGAAACUUUUGAAUAAUUUACUGUGGUGGAGAUAUCCGCAUGAUAAUUUUUGAUCGAUUUAUUCUGGCGGAGAUAUCCGCGUGAGCAUUUUAACCAAUUUACCCUGGUGAAGAUAUGUGUGUGAGAAAUAUUUUGAUAUUUGGUAUCUGGUGGAGAAUUCCGCAUGGGCACUGUAUUGUGCAAGAUGGUUUAUUGAGAUAGUUGAAUGUUUAGGAGGUUAUUACGUCGGGCGGAGAUAUCCGUAAGUAUUUUGACCUACUGUAAGGAAUGUUGUUGAACAGGUUUGCAUAAUGGACAACAGACUGAGAAGUACGAUUCUACCAACAUUCAAUGGAGAUGACAAACGUUAUCCUUUUUGGAAAAAGCGUAUAGAAAAUUAUUUCAGACUAGAUGACUUACUUUAUGUCUUUGAGAGAACUCCGUUGGAGGAGGAAUAUGCUUCGCCUGGUAUCAAUGCUUCUCCACAAGCAGAGAACCAUCGAAAGGCAAAAAUGGCUAAGCGACUUAAAGAUGAUUUUCAAGUUGUUAAUGACUUGAUGUUGUGCUUGAAUGAUGAACCCAUGGGGCAUGUUUUGAACUGUGAAUAUGCCAAAGAUGUGAUUGAUACACUUGAUGAAGUAUAUUUGCCCAAAGGUGUGAAUGCAAUGCUUGGGCUGCGAUCACAGCUUUACUUACUUAAAAACAGAAAAUUCAAUACUCUAAAAGAAUUAUUUUCGACACAUGAAGACUUGGUCCGGCAGCUUAAUCUGAUGGAAGAACAAGUUUCUCGCCAAGAACAAAUCAAUACCCUUUUGGCUGCUAUUCCUGAAAAGUUCAGUCAUAUUUUGGGAGCUCUUGCAGUUAUGAGAAAAGACGACCUGAUGAAUAUGGCUUUGCUUCAGGUUCAGCGCAUAUUCAUUGAUGCUGACAUCAGUGUAUCCGAAUCAGUUGAUCAGCAACCAGUGGCUUAUAAAAUGACGAAUGGUUGGUGGAAGGAAGCGAAUCCAAAGCAGCAGCAACAUCGCAAAAUGCUGAGGUGCCACGAGUGUGGCAAACUUGCUCACAUACGCCGUUUUUGCGAUGAGUAUUGGCAUAAACCACAGGAGACAGCCCAUGUGACGACAAACACUUCAAAGUAUCACCAGCAGUGUGACGUAGCCCUCACUACCAACGAAAGUUAUGAUUGCAUGAUGCGUGUGCCAUUCAGUCUUAUGGACACAGACACGCAGAAUCGUGUCGGAGCGAAACGACAACGAGCCGGUCAUCCCUGGCUUAAUCAGUUGAAGGAUGGUAAUCAAAUUCGGCAUGAUGAGGAGCAGGUUAAGAAACAGAGAAUCUGCGGUGAGCCCUUUUGGGAACUACCGGUCGCCAUGUCAGUGUGUACUCCAUCCAACUUCACCAUGGAAUCAGGGGAAGAUAUUUCUCAUGAAAGUGAAGCUUCGAGAGAUUUGAAUUCAUCGAAAGGUGAAAUAACAAAGGAAGCAAUACGUCGCAGCUGUUCAUCAGAAGAUGAUAGUUCAUUGGUAGAUGAUUAUAUAGGUUCAUCGUUAGAUGAUGUUGGUUCUCCAGAAGGUGAUGUUGGUUUGCCAGAAGGCGAUGUUGGUCCACAAAUAGCUGAUUUUGGAGGUUCAUCGUUAGAUGAUUAUGGUUCACCAGAAGGUGAUGAAGGUUCAUCGAUAGAUGAUAAUAGACGCUCAUCGUUAGGUGAUUAUGGUUUACCAGAAGGUUCAUCGACGGAUGAUGUCGAUGGUUCAUCGAUAGAUGAUUAUGGAGGUUCAUCGAUAGAUGAUUUUGGGUCACCAGAAGGUGAUGUAGGUUCAUCGACGGUCAAUGUCGAUGGUUCAUCGAUAGAUGAUGUAGGUUCAUCGACGGAUGAUGUCGAUUGUUCAUCGAUAGAUGAUUAUAAAGGUUCAUCGAUAGAUGAUGAUAGAGGUUCAUCGAUAGAUGAUUAUGGAGGUUCAUCGAUAGAUGAUUUUGGUUCACCAGAAGGUGAUGUAGGUUCAUCGACGGAUGAUGUCGAUGGUUCACCGAUAGAUGAUUUUGGUUCACCAGAAGGUGAUGGAGGUUCAUCGAUAGAUGAUGAUGGAGGUUCAUCGACGGAUGAUGUCGAUGGUUCAUCGGUAGAUGAUUUUGGUUCACCAGAAGGAAGUAGAGGUUCAUCAAUAGAUGAUGGUUUACCAGAAAGUAGUAAAGAUUCACGGCAAGGUUGUCCGUCGGAAGUCGAUGCUUCACGAAAAGGUGAAAAAGGUUCGCCAAAAGGCGGUUCUUUGGUAGACAACCGAGCUUCAUCGAAAGAUGACAACCUAGGUUCGUGGAUAGAUUUUAACAGAGGUUCGGCCGUGAAUUUUUACGAAGCAAUCCGUUCAAAGCUUACAGCACACAGAGCUUUACAGGGAUAUCUGGUUUCAAAGAUAAGAACAGAUACUUGUUUUACUUUAAAUAUCUCAAGUCAAUUUCAGAAUGAUCCUCGUGAACACCACAUUUCUCAGCCUUCGUUGUCAUCAGGGCGCCAAAACGUUUGGUGUUGCAUACCAUCGAGACAAGGAUACCAAACCGUUGGCAGGAUAUGCCGAUGCUGACUAUGGCAGCAAUGUGGACGAAAGGCACUCCAUUUCCGGAGGUAGUGAAACCUGGCUUGGGAACCUGGAGUGCAACGAAGCAAUUUUGUCGAACUAACUUCAACCGAAGAGAGCUGAUUGCUGAGUGUGCAGCGGCCAUGGAAAAUAAUAUAAUGUAGGUAACACAGAAGAACAAAACACAUAGAUGUAAGGAAUAUUUAUAUUCAAGAAUUGUAAAGAGAGCAAAAGCUCAUGCUGGCAUAUUUAUUUUAAAGUGAGUAAAUAGAAGAAACCAUUGAGGGCUCAAGUUUCAAGAAAUGUUAAAUAGUUUGAAAUUGAAGAAAUGAGGAGAAGUGUUGAAAUUAGCAUUUCUUAAUUUCAAAACCAUUUUACUCUCAGUGUAGGAAAAUGCUGUCAGUGCCAUGCUGGCAGUGACCACGUGGCCCUACAGUCACUAUAUACACAGU